AUGAGCAGACUACAACGACAGCUGCCCCCUGAACAAAAACAGCAACCUUCUCAACCACAAGUCAGUACACAAAUUCCUGCAGAGGCACUAGAACCCAUCAGAAACCGACUCAGUCAGGUGCACCAGUCGCUCAGGAAACUAGCUGACCAGAUCAACUUACAUAACAGAAACCCGGCGAAGGUGAAACUUCCGUCGUACCUGAACCUUCAAUCGCAAUUUCAAGUGCUUAUUACACAGCUUCAAACGAUCGCUGCUAGGUUGGACACAAAUGAUGAGAUACUAAAAUCGACGAAUGUGUAUCCAGUACCUUCAUUUCCUACUACACAGCAUGAGGGCCUUGUGACAACUCUAUUGCGGAAAAAGCCUCUUCCCGAAGUGGACGAGUGGAUUGACGCUGCAAUUGCAGAGAGUGAGCUGUUCAAGUUGCCCAUUCACGCAGAUGACGAGUUCGCUGAGUGGUGCUAUGCUAAAGUAAAGGAGUUGGAGGAUGAGUUCACGUUUGAAGGGUUUCACACAGAAGAAGAGUUACAGUUGAUGGAAACAGAGGAGGGCCAGAAAAACGAAGAAGAAAAGACAGCAGCCGAGACGGAGAACAAGAAGACGAUUGAUGAGAUUAGUGGUGGGAAGAAGCCAAUGUCUCCAAAUACGGUGUUGCGCUUCAUGACCCGUGGUGUGUUAUAG